GGCUCAACCUCCCAUCUUUUGGACCCCUACCUUACACAAGGCAGGCUUUCCACCCCAUUGCCUCGGAGCCGAGGCCGCGUAGCCAUUGCGGCGGACCGAACCCCGGACAGAAAGAAACCAUCAUGGCACCUCAGCCGCGGAUGCAAAUCCCCGGGUAUUACUACGAUGAGGAAAAGGGCAAAUAUUUCAAAAUCGAAAAAGGCGCCUCGGCACCGCAGACCGCCGCCUGGUCCGCCGACAAUGUCAAGCGCCGGAAGAUCCAGCACCGCGAGGCCGAGGCCGUCGCCGCCCGCCGGGAGCGGCUAAAGCGGCACAUUGUCCGGUCCGCCGCGCUACGGGCCCCGCUCAUCGGCGGCGUUUUGGACGUCGAGCUUGGCGUACGCCGUGAAGAGAGGGCGAGGCUGCGCGUCGACGGUGCGUUCGGCGUCGAGGAUGUUCCUGCCGCGGCGUGGGCCCGGGGGCUCGUUGACAAGGGUGAGGUGCCGUUCGUGCCUAGCUUUGCGAGGCAGAGUUUCCCGAAUAUCCCCUGUUUCUAUGUUGGCGGUGAUGAUGAGAAGACGGGACUUGGGGUUGCGUAUGCGACUUUGGACGAGGAAACUCUGAUAGGGUCUUACAUUCCCACGGAUGACAAUGAGAGGAUAUCCUUCAGUACUGAUGCCUCGAGCCGUCCUGAACGCCGACUAUCACAUCGUCACGAGAUGAUAGGCUGUCCCCAGAUCUCAUCCAUCAACUAUCACCCACAUUCGCAUCGCAUAAUCGUUACAUCCCGCGAGCCAAGUAACACUUGCGACAUCUACCUCUUUUCACCUCCCAAAUCCGCUCGCAACGACGACCGACCUCUCUGGUUACUCGACAGAGCAAACAACCUCCGCCACAUCUCCUUCAACACAGGCCGCCGCGAAGGCGUCGUAAACCAAACAACCCCCGCGCCACCCUCCUCCUCCUCCCUAACCUGCAUCAUCGGCACCUCGUACGGUCUUUUAAAACUCACCUCGGACGAGCGCAUCCACUGGCUCGGCCCGCCGCGCCCUCGACCCGGCCCAGCAGAGGGCUACUUCUUCGACCAGACCUUCCUCCCCUCCAACCCAAACGUCCUCCUCGCCGGUGGCCGCAACCGCGACGUCAGGCUGAUCGACCUGCGCGUAAAGUGGUCCGAGUGGGAUAACAUCCCCGUCGGCGCCACGGCGCACCUGCGCGCCGUGAACCCGCACCAGUUCCUCGCCGCGGGGCCGAGGUCCAAGAUGGCGCUGUUCGAUCUGCGGUACCGCAAGGCGAAGCCCAACGGGACGAAGCCGGUUGUGGAGUUCCCGGGUUUCCGGAACGAGGCGCACAUGCAUUUCGGGUGGGAUGUUAAUGUCGAUUCGGGUGUUGUUGCCGCGGCGCAUGAUGAUGGGCGGCUGGGGCUGUAUUCGCUGCUGUCUGGGCGGAGGUUGCGGUGUCCUGCUGUGGAUGCUGUUAAGGCGAGGACGCCGGUGAAGAGUUGCCAGUUUCAGAAGAUGCCUGGGCGGCGGCACGCGAGUUUGUUUGCGGGCGUGGGACCGAACUUGAAGAUGUUUUCGGUUGGGGCUUUGGGGGUUGAUGAAGAGUGUUGAGGCACAUGAGAUGGAAAGUUGGAUAGAACGAUGAGCCCUAGGAUUACGAGCUCACAUGGACACGGCUGUCUUGGUAGCCAAACUGGGACGGUCGUCAGUUUGGCUGUUGAAAAAAUCAUGUUUACCGCACCUUGAUGCGUUAUUGACGAUGAUGAAGGUGAACUCGAGGCAGCUGCAUGGAGAACAACAACAUUCCGAGCUUAGCCUUCCUCAUACAGCCCUAUUCCUCGCCUCAUAGAAUACGGCAUACUCGGGUAAGGUAAGGAAGCUUGGUUAGCAGAUUUGAAAGCCAAUCUUCCAGCAUCACCAUGGUCAGGAGACACCAAUGUCAGCGAAGGGCCGACGCUGGGUUCCUACCUCCCUGACCCCCUAUUUUUUCAGAAUGUAAACUUGGUCAACUUUAAAACCAUUCGGCUAUAUCUUUUUAACUGUUCUUUCUUUUCCCUUUUGAUGUGGUUUACGGAGUUCG